AGCCUGUCUCAUCAGAGUUGAGACUAACACAUGACUUAUCACACCUACAGAGGCGUGGAACAGUCAGCACAAAGCCAGAGACUGAAAACAGCACACUUGCUUAUCGUUAACUACAUACAAGGGACACCAUGGUCGACCAGCUGACGUUCACUAAGGAGAACCAGGAGCGGAUCCACGCGGUUGAGAACUCAUUCGGGCCACUGGGGAGACCUCUAUCCCAGCCAGGCCGGGUUCUGAUCGGAGAGGGCCGGCUGAUGAAGCUGUGCCGCCGGGGUCCUCAGCCGAAAGUCUUCUUCCUCUUCAAUGACGUGCUGGUGUACGGAAGCAUCAUUCUGAAUAGACGCUUGCACAAAAAACAGCAGAUCAUCCCUCUAGAGGAUGUCCAGCUGGAGGAUUUGGAGGACAGUGUGAGAAUGAGGAACCAGUGGUUAAUCCGCACACCUCGAAAGUCCUUCUACGUGUCGGCCUCGUCGUACGAGGAGAAGCGAGCCUGGAUGGAGCACGUGGAGGAAUGCAAGUCCAGACUCCUGCAGAGCAGCGGGCGAACGCCUGGGUCAGCCUUCGCUGUGACCUGGAUCCCUGACCAGGCCUCUGCCAUCUGCAUGCGCUGCUCCGACAAGUUUUCCCUGACUCAGCGUCGACACCACUGCAGGAGAUGUGGCUUCGUGGUCUGCGGCGCCUGCUCCAAGAAGCGAGCCGUGAUCGCACACAUUCAUCCGACCAAGUGCGUGAGAGUCUGCAAUAUGUGUCACGCGAGUCUUUCGGGGACUGAGGCAGAAAAUCAAGAGACGUGUCGCGUGAGGGGAGACAGCACGGGGAAGAUGAGCUCGGAUGGAGACGAGGCGGAGGGGUCCAGUGAAGAGGAGGAGGCAGAGGAGCAGAUGGAGGACCUUAACCCCGGCAGGUGGAUGCAUUCCCAGAUGGACUCCUGGUCCCCCUAUAUGUACAUCAAGCCAGAGCAUUUGAAGCCCCGAACAUGCACAUAUACGAGCUGAACAUGUGUGUGUAAGAGCUGAAUCUGACUUUGGGAUAUUCCUAAACAUGGACUGAUGCUGACACAGCUCUGUGCUGUAGAAGCGAGUUAAAUUAUAUUCUCAUCCAGUUACAACCAUCUUAAGACAAUGAUGUAAAGAGUUGUGUGUCCUGUAUUUAUUUAUGUGUAUAUUCUGUCAUAACUACUUUUUUGAAACACUGUUGCGAUGAGUUCUUCUCUAAAGCACUUUAGUCUGGCCUUAUAGGUCUCACUACAUUUUAUUUAAGUCUGAUUUUAAUCACAUGAAACUGUUGAACUCUACGUCUGCCUCACUUUUGUAAUUCAAAUGGACAAUGAAUAAAAACAAAAAAGAAUUAAAGAAAAUAUUUGUAUGUGA